CGCCCGGUGAAAAGCCAAGCAGGUUGGAUGGGCUGCGCAAACGAGACGUUUUUUUCGACUCAUAUUGCGGACUGCUCAGGCGCCCUGCGAAACGCCGCACGACCGCCGACUCUGAAGGGCGAUCACGAGGUUGACCAGCGCAAACCGAACUGAGCAGUCCGCGUGCCUUUUUGUUUGUUUGUUUGCAUUCGUGGUCGCAAUUUGAACAUGCCCGCCGUUCGAGGAGAACUGUUCUCGCUCGACGAGAAGGACCUACUGCUGCCCACGAAUUGGCCAGCUUUGGCCGACCCGACGGACGGCACGCCGCCAACAAAGGAGUCCGGUGUCCUGGCCGGCGACCGCCGCCGCGAGAGGAUCGUCGUCAACGUGUCGGGCCUGCGCUUCGAGACGGAGCGGCGUACCCUCGAGCGCUACCCCGGCACCCUGCUGGGCGACGCGUCACGUCGCGCCCCGUUCUACAGGCCCGACCUCGGCGAGUUCUUCUUCGAUCGCCACCGUUCAAGCUUCGAGUCGGUGCUCCACUUCUACCAGUCGGGCGGAGAGCUGAGACGGCCGUGCGCCGUGCCCCCGCUCACCUUCGUCGGCGAGGUGCUCUUCUUCGACCUGGGCGACGAGGCCGUGGAGAGGCUCAGGGAGGAGGAGGGCUUAGCGGACGACGACGAGGUGGAGGAGGCGACGCUGAAGGCUGAGAGGAAGAUGGCGAAAAAGGAGGCUCAGCAGCGGCUGCCUUCGGGGAAGGUGCGCCGCUACCUGUGGAAUCUAUUCGAGCACCCGGACACGUCCACGUCCGCCAAGGCCACGGCCGUCUUCUCCUUGGUCAUGGUGCUGCUGUCCGUGGUCACGUUCUGCGCGGAGACCCUGCCCACGUUCAGGAACAGGCACCACCGGCGGCACCAGCACGGCCGCAACGACUCCGCGGACUCGCAGCCGAGCUCCGAGUGGAUGGACCCCUUCUCGGACCCGCUUUUCCUGGUGGAGACCGUGUGCAUCGCCUGGUUCGGCCUGGAACUCCUCAUCCGCGCCUUCGCGUGCCCGAACAAGCUGGCGUUCGCACGCGACCCCAUGAACAUCGUCGACUUCAUCUCCAUCCUGCCCUACGGCAUCACCCUGGCCAUGGACCAGCUCGGCUCGUCGGCCACCGGCGAGAAGAGCAAGGCGAGCAACCUGGCCGUGCUCAGGACCAUGCGGCUGCUGCGCGUGUGCCGCAUUCUCAAGCUGUCGCGCCACAGCCAGGCCCUGCAGGUGCUGGCGAAGACGCUACGCGCCAGCUUCCAAGAGAUCGUCACCCUGCUCAUCUUCGUCGCCAUCGCGGUCGUGUUGUUCGCGAGCGCUAUCUACUUCGCCGAGGUGGGCGCGGACGAGGCGCACUUCAACAGCGUGCCCGACGCCUUCUGGUGGGCCGUGGUGACGCUCACCACCGUGGGCUACGGGGACAUGACCCCGGUGACCCUGCCCGGCAAGCUGGUGGGCUCCAUGUGCGCAUUGACCGGGGUGCUCCUCAUUGCCCUGCCCGUGCCCGUGAUCGCUAACAACUUCACCACAAUCUACGAGCUCCAGAAGAAGAAGAUGAUGAUGAUGAAGAAGAAGAAGACGAUGAUGACGACUAAGAAGGGGACGUUGAAUGUCAUGAACAACGAGGCGCCGCACGUCACCGACGGCCACCAGGCGCAUGGCCCGGUGGGGUCAUCCGAGAGGUCCCAGCAGAGGUGCUCGCCGUGUGGGGUCCUUUGCUGCCUGCAUGGGCCGCGCCGGUGGUGCGACACGGAGGAGAAGCUGGGACCUCGAGAGCGGCAGCAGAAUGAGCUUCGAUACCCACAUGAGACCAAAGUGUGAAACGUGACUGCGUGGUUGUGUUCGAUCAAGGGUGAAGGACGCGCGAAUGUAAAUUUGUUGUGAUGCACUUAUAGUUAAGAAUUUGCAUAGUCAAGGCAAAGCAAGACAAGGCACUUUACUAUUGAGAAUCUCUAAAAGCGUAAUCCCUUCAUCAUCAUCAUUAUUGUCAAUCCGUCGUUGGAUCAAGGUCUACCCACGAUCGAUCUGUCGGUCGUAUAUGUGAGUUGCUUGACCAUAC